GAAUAUCCAUAUUUUCGUUUUCCGAGCACUCUAUUUUUGGGGUGUGGGUGGUGUGUAAUAUGUUCUUGGCUUCAAAACCCUCUACAGAUGGAGAGCACCGAUUCGUCGUUCGGCUCGCAGCCGCCGCCACAGCCAAACCUGCCGCCGGGGUUCCGCUUCCACCCCACCGAUGAGGAGCUAGUCGUUCAUUACCUCAAGAAAAAGGCCUCCUCAGCGCCUCUCCCCGUUGCCAUCAUCGCCGAGGUCGACCUCUACAAAUUCGAUCCAUGGCAGCUCCCUGAAAAGGCGACGUUCGGAGAGCAAGAGUGGUAUUUUUUCAGUCCUAGAGACCGGAAGUACCCAAACGGAGCACGGCCUAAUAGAGCAGCGACUUCAGGGUAUUGGAAGGCGACGGGAACUGAUAAGCCGGUUUUGAGUACUACUGAUGAGGGAGGUAGGGGUACUCGGAAAGUUGGGGUGAAAAAAGCACUUGUUUUCUACAGAGGAAAGCCCCCAAAAGGAAUCAAAACCAAUUGGAUCAUGCAUGAGUAUAGGCUUGCUGAUAACAACACAAGUAACAAGCCACCUGGGUGUCAUGGCUUGGGUAACAAGAAGAACUCCUUGAGGCUUGAUGAUUGGGUGCUUUGUCGAAUUUACAAGAAGAACAACACGCAUAGGCCGAUGGAUCAGGAGGACCCCAUGGAAGACAUGAUGGGAUCGUCGUUCCAACUGUCGAAGCUGCACCACCUUCCCCCGAAAUCUACCACAUCAACCUACUCCCAAUUCAUGGACAACGACCACAAUUUAUUCGACUGGAUGGUAAGCCACGAAGGGAUUAAUAGUAGUACAGCUUCUUUUCUUCCAAACGCGGCUCUGGCCAAUAGCUCUCUCCCUCUAAAACGGGGACUCCCGAGUCUGUACUGGAAUGAUCAGGAGGACGAAGCUGGGCCUUCAAGGAGACUACAGCUGGAUAACAGUGAUAGCACUGGAAAUGGUUCUAUUGCCACUCUGCUUUCUCAGCUCCCUCAGACACCUCCUCCAUUGCACCAGCAGCCAAUGCUGGGGUCACAGCUCGGUGGCGACGGUCUGUUUCGUGAUACACAAUAUCAACUUCCGGGGAUGAAUUGGUAUUCUUAGUCCAAUUUCGUAUUAGCCGGUUGGCACAUAUAUUUCAUAUGAUGAUGUUAUAUGCAUACUCUUGUUGCGCAACAAGUAGUUGUAUAGACGGGGAGUAUUAUUGGGGAUUUGAGAUUUUGAUUGCUAGCAAUUGAGUUUGGCCUCAUCGAAUUCAAUUGAGGUGCUAAAAUUUCAGGUGAGGCCUUGGCCUUAGCAAUAUCAUUGUAUACAUAAUUUUGCAGUUUUUUUUUUAAUCUAGUCAUGUAGAAAUUAUGAGACAAAAAGGAUUGUAGAUAAAAUAAAACAGAGUUAUAUUAUAUUUUCUGUAGAA